AUGAACAAAAUUCUAUCAAUUGCUUCUUCUUUCUACCAAUUAAAUACCAUUAAAAUAAAUUCUGACAAAUCAACAUUGAUGGUCAUUAAUUCAUCAGAAAAUGAUAAUGAAACAAAUGCAAUGUUCAAUAACAUACCAAUUCAUUCCACUCCCACAAAUACUCCAGUUAGAAUUCUAGGAGUAUGGUUCAAUACUUCUGGUAAAAUAACAUAUAUGCAACUAAAACAACUUCAAUCUGCAUUAUGGAUCCCUUUCUGCCCAUUAUUGAUGACACAAGCACUUCCUACAAAAUUCAACAACAAAAAUAUUACAGCUGUCUGUGUCACAUUAAUGAUUUCUUUUCAUAUAUCAUGCCAACCUUCGUCAUCUUCUCUUUUAACAUCAAAGAACAAUUACUUUCAUGUGAUUGCUCAAACUUUCUCCCAAUAA